AUGGCUUCUCUUGCACCCACUGAGCUUUUGCUCAACAUGACCCUCCUCGUCACCGCCGGCUCCGAAACCAUUUCCAGCGUCCUCGUCACCUUCAUGUACAACCUCUGCAUCCAUCGCGAUGUCUAUGAGCGCCUCGCUACCAUGAUUCGCAUCACCUUUGCUGAUCCAAGUGAUAUCACACUACAAGAAUUGGAAGGCUUAGUCUACUUCGACGCAUGCAUCAAAGAAGCAUUGCGUAUCUUUCCACCGGUCAGCUCGAAUCUUCCACGUGAAGUCCCGGCCAAGGGUGCACAGGUCGGUCCCCACUUCCUGCCAGGAGGUAUGCUAGUCUCUGUGGCGCCCUGGGCAGCAGUACGUUCGAAAGACAACUUCCAUCUGCCAAACGAAUAUCACCCCGAGAGAUGGCUGCGCAACCACCCCGAGCACGGCUGGGACCCAGCGUUUGAAAACGACAAGCUGUCCGCAUCCACACCGUUUGGGGCUGGGCCCAAACAAUGCAUGGGCCAAAAUUUGUCGUACUACGAGAUCCGAUUGAUCGUGGCGCAUCUACUUUGGGUUUUCGACUUUGAAUUGGAGACCGAGGGAGUAGAAGGUGAGAAGAAUCGCUUGUGGAGCCUGGAUCCUCAUUUCGGGCUUCUGAGAUCGUUUCAGACUCUGAACCGACCCGAUUUGUACAUCCGGUUCCAAGAACGGGCAGGCAUCUAG